ACACAGGGGGGGCACUACUUUCCAAAGAGGGACCGUGCACAGGCAUCUGGAAGGCUAUCUUGUCUAAACGCUCACCAUGGACAACCAUUCAUACAACUUCCCCUCAGACUGCACCCCACUCACCAACUGUAAGUCUGCCCGCAAGCCUGCUGGAUCCACCGUGGUGAACAUGGGCAGCGCUGGCAAGAAUCCUCCCCGGGACUAUCUAGUCUGGUCGCUGUGCAACACCUUGUAUGUAAACUUCUGCUGCCUGGGAUUCAUGGCUCUCGUCUACUCCAUCAAGGCCAGGGACCAGAAGACUCAGGGCAACCUGCAGCUGGCCCAGGAGUGUUCAGACAAGGCAAAGUGGUACAAUAUCCUGGCAGCCGGAUGGAACAUGCUGAUUCCACUUCUGGCCGUCGUCUUGCUCGUCCUCCUGCUCGUCCACCUGGGCUCAGCCCAAGGCUCCUUUGACUUCUUUGGAGAUGACGGCUUCCAGAACUUCAUGAAACUGUUCAGCUGGUAGAUGGAAGAUAAGGAAAUAAAAUAAAACAAAAAUAGAUCAGUCUCAAAGUCAAGCCAGUCACACUAACCAGGAGAGGGUAUUUGUUUGGAUUCAGCAGAUUAGGGCUGACAUAAUAGCUCUUAAGAAUUUUACCCAGUCUAAGCCAAGUGUUAAAGGUUUAAGUGCUCCUUUUCUACAUGGAAAUCAAGUCCUGUGUUGGGCCUCCUAAAAUCUUAAAUAAUCCUAAUUCGUAAGAAGAAAAAAUAAGGCUUACUUUUGUAUAUUAAAUGAAUGUCCUCUUGCAUCAGUACUAAUGCUGGUAUUAGAUAUUCGGCCAAGAAAAGACUAAUUUGGGGUAUUCAACCAGAAUUACACACAAAAAAACAAUACUUUUGGACCAGUGACCUAAAUCCAAAACUAAAACUAAUGAUAAAAGUUUAUGUUCAGUAAAAGCAACUCCUUUUUUUUAAAUAAUUAGUAUUUUGAGUACUGUUGGACAUUAUUAUUAGAGCAUCCCUAAUUGUAAUGGCACUAUUAGUUCAGCUUCCACCUGCCAGUCUCCCAGACACGGUCAGUAGAGACAUGAAGUUGAUCAAAGACUGAACAGCCUAUAAUGGAAAAGAAGGGAACAAACAGAGUUAAGAAGGACUAAGAGUUGAUUCCAGGCUGAGAGAUUGAGCAAGCAGAAAUUCUGGGUAAAUUUUUGUUGUUAUUUAUUGUAUUUAUGUGGAAUUGAAAUUUUAAUGACAGCUGAGAUUAUCUCCAGUCAGGGAUAGAAAGAGGAGAAAGAGCAGAGUGAACAGAGGACUGUGGAGCCAAAGUCUGAAUGUCACGAUGAUGAGAAGCCACUUGACAAAGGACAAUCAACAUUCACCUCCCAUUGAUAGUCACUUAUUUUUCUUUUUUCAACAGUUAUACAUUUUAAAUUUUUUUUUUUUUUACAUUUUAUUACUGUUACAACAUAUUUUUUGUCAUUAUUCAUGUAUUUUAAUUAGUAUUUUGUUGUGUUAAGUAUUUUACAUCAUCUUAUUGUUGACCGUCUGUGAGUGAGCUAAAUAAAUCAGAUACUGUUUACUCAGUAUGACAUUGAAAAACAAA